CAGUCCAGUGCAGCUAGUUCAGCUAUAAAGAAUAAACUUAUAUUUACAAGCUGAAUUUGAGGUUAUAUCUUAUAGAUCGUGUAAUGCAAACUAAUGAAGUGAUGAAAGUGAUCGAAACAUCUCGUAAGUGAAGUAAUUGUUUAAUUAUAUCAUAAGAAAUUGAAAAUGGCCGAGAUAGACAAUGACGAGGAGCAAUUGCCUCAGAAUCUUGGCGACGAUGUCGUACAAGAAGUUCUCAAGACCGGCACCGAUCUACGCCAGUAUUCCAGACAAAUCGAAAAGGAACUCAAGGAAGUUGAAAACAAGUCGAUCCAAGAUUAUAUCAAGGAGAGCCAGAACAUAGCUAGUCUGCACAAUCAGAUUGCUGCUUGCGAUAAUAUUUUGGAGAAAAUGGAAUCGAUGUUGAUGAAUUUCCAGUCAGAUUUAGGAAGUAUUAGCUCAGAAAUACUUACUUUACAACGUAAAUCUGUUGCUAUGAGUCAACAGCUAUCUAAUAGGCAAAUAAUACGUGGCCCGCUCAGUCAAUUUAUUGAGGAUAUGACAGUGUCUGAAGCUUUGAUCGCUGGUAUUAUGGAUUGUCCUGUGACUGAAAAGGAAUUUCUAAUCCAGCUACAAACUCUAAAUCAUAAAAUUAACUUUGUGAAAGAGCAAAGUUUUAAAGAUGCAAAAUCUUGUCUAGAUGUCACAGAUAUAUUAGAGAAACUAAAAAUGAAGGCGAUGGCAAAGAUUAGAACAUAUUUACUAGAGCAAAUUUAUAAAUUUAGAAAGCCGAUGACUAAUUAUCAAGUACCACAAAACAAUAUGCUAAAAUAUAAAUUUUUCUUUGAGUUUGUUUUGGCGAAUGAAAGAAAUGUGGCGGAAGAAAUCUGUGCGGAAUACAUUGAUACCAUGAGCAAGAUAUAUUAUUCAUAUUUUAAGUCGUAUUCAUCGAGACUGAUGAAAUUACAGUUUGAAGAGAGAGCAUCAAAGGACGAUUUAAUGGGAGUCGAAGAUACAGCAAGCAGAGGUAUAUUUCAAAAAACAAUAUUAAAGCACAAAGGUACUGUUUUUUCGAUAGAUACAAGAGGUGAGGUUUUAUCCUCUCAAUUGGAAGCAACUAUAAUUAUACCACACACUGCUAAGACACGAUAUCAUUACGAAGCGCUAUUCAGAAGCGAACAAUAUGCUAUAGUAGAUAAUGCUUGUCGAGAAUAUCUAUUCCUAAUUGAUUUUUUCAAGGCCCGUAAUACACAAGCAUUAGAAAUUUUUAAUCAAGUCAUGGGAAAAACAUUAAAUCUCAUGAUAAAAAACUUGCAGUCAUUUGUUGACGAUUGUUAUGAUACAAUUGCUUUAUUUCUUUGCUUGCAUUUGGUGAUGCGUUAUCAAUUAAUGUGUCACAAAAAAGCUGUACCAGCAUUAGAUAAAUAUUGGGAGACUUUAACAGCCAUAAUUUGGCCUAGAUUUCAAAUGGUGUUUCAGUUAAACAUACAGAGUAUAAAGGAUUGUGAUCCAUUAAAGUUGAACAAAGAAACUGGUCCACAUUAUAUCACCAGAAGAUAUGCAGAAUUUAGCGCAGCAAUGGUGAGUAUAGUUGAGGGAUUCCCUUGUGAAGGAGCAACUCAGUUACUAGCAGAACUGAGAGAAGCAGUACAAUGUUUCUUAUUUAGAAUGGCAGCCAUCUUUCAAAACCGAAUGCAGCAAUUAAUAUUUCUUAUUAAUAAUUACGAUCUGGUACUUGGAGUAUUAAUGGAAAGAACACGAGACAAUUCCAAGGAAGCGGAAAGCUUUCGAGAGCAAUUGAACGCGCGUUCCUCCGAAUUUGUCGAAGAAGUCUUGAGCCCGCAUUUUGGUGGUAUAAUCCAGCUGGUGAAGGAAUCGGAGGCUCUAAUUGAAAAAGGCCAAGCCGACGAUUUGAAACGGCAGGAAGGGAAAGCAUUGGCUUUGGUGCAAUCUUUCACAAACAAUUGGAAACGAGCAUUAGAAGAGAUACAUCGGGAGGUAUUAAACUCGUUUCCCAACUUAGUGCUCGGUGGUGCGCUAGUGCAACGCGCGAUGACGCAGUUGGUACAGUAUUAUCACCGCCUUCAUAAGAUUCUGCCGCCGAAUGCGCGCGCGCAACUUACAAACAUUCAUCAUAUAAUGGUGGAAAUUAAAAAGUAUAAGACAAAUUAUUAAGCGAUUUCUUAAUGAAAUUGAUUCAAGAUUUAAAGGAAAUUCAAAGCAUCCGUCACUUGUUAUAAAAGAAUCAUUUUUCAAUAUUGUAUAUAACAA